AUGCGCAAACUGUAUAGACUGAAAGACUAUAGCAAUUUGCGCAUUAUUCAUAACGUAGAUUGGAAUCACUGUUUUGUGCAAGCGUAUGAUAACGAAGCUAAUUUGAAAACAAUCAAUGAAAGGAUGACAAACUAUAUCUAUAAAAGAAAAGACAAGGCGACCGAAUCAUUUAUCAAAAGACAAAAGGCAAAGCAGAAGGUGCAGCAGAUUGUUGACAGUACAGCAUCGUCCUUGCCAGACGUUGCCUAUGAUAAGAAAUUGAAGCUUGAACAUCAGCUAUCUUCAAUCGCUCUAUCCAUCUUGUCCACGAAGGAAGAGCUUGUAGCAUUAAGAGCGAAAAUUGAAGAAGUGAGACAUCAGGCAGAACAGGAAAUCCGCUCAGGAACAGCAAACCAAUCUGUUACGAGUACUACUGCAUUCAAGGAACAAGAGUCACUGAAAAAGUUUCGACAAGUAUAUAAGCACAUUUAUCAAAUAAACAAGGCUAUUGAUUUAGCUAGUUUGUCAGUUUAA